AUGACGAUGAGCUCGGAAAAGUCACCGAUUUAUCCCCGGGUGAAGCUUCCACACCCGUUUCUCACCGAAUACUCAGUGCAUACCGUUGGAAGUCAAAUCACGAGGCGAGUGUUGAAACUCGAAAAUCAACCUCCUAUUGGGCGUCCUUUGACAGAACCAUUACACCUCGACUCUCUAUCAUGGACCGACUUGUCUAUUCCUGAUAAGUCUCAGUCUCCGCCCGAAUCAAACAACAGUGCUUGGGCGCGCGCCCAGCGCAGUCCGUCUACGAUUUUCGAGUGGACCGCAGAGACUCCUUCUUUGGGCCAGAUUUGGAACAUCACUCACGCAAUCUAUCUUGGGAAUCCGACACACGAAUACUUUCGGCUUACUCUGAUCGGUCGUGGGAGCAACAUCAUUCGUCAGGAACUGCUCACUACAGGGCUGGCGAUUGAGCACCCUCGCCCGUGGUAUCAAUCGACAGAAAAUGUGGAGUGGCACUCCGAGCAGCUGUUAGUUCUCCGAAGUGCUUUCUGGCAAGGUGCAGCAUCUCCCACAGGACCCCGACCCAUCUGGUCAAUAGGAGAUGGAACAGAUGGCCCUUUGCGCAAGCCUCUACAUCAGUUUCCCAUCAUGCCUGAGAACUAUCAGAUCACAAUGAAGUUCCCUGAUGAACCUGUCUAUACGCGCCACCCAACUCGCCGGCCGAAGCCCCAUCCAGGAUCUAUCGCCUACAGUCGUUAUAUUCCGGAGGUUGAUCAGCAUUUCUCUCUCGAGGUCGUGGACUGGGAGAAUGACGAGCAUCUAGGAUUGUUUAACACUUGGCAAAAUGACCCGCGCGUCUCCAAGGGCUGGAACGAGACUGGGACACUUGACGAGCAUCGAAACUACCUCCGCAAGCUACAUUUUGAUCCUCAUGUUCUGUGCUUGUUUGGCCGAUUUGACAAUACUCGUUUCUCGUACUUCGAGCUGUACUGGGCUAAAGAGGACCACUAUGGAGCCCACUACGACGCAGGGGACUACGAUCGUGGUCGUCACUCGCUUGUUGGUGACGCAUCUUUCCGGGGGGCGCGCCGUGUGAAUGCGUGGUACUCCAGCUGCAUUCACUACUGUUUUCUCGAUGAUCCUCGGACCGUCCACGUUGUGGGCGAACCCAAGGCCACUGGUGCAGUUAUCCUGUCAUAUGAAAAUGCUCAAGGUCUCACUAUUGGCAAGUAUGUCGACCUUGGUCAUAAACGUUCCGUCCAUAGCGUUGCAAGUCGGGAGAAGUGGUUCCAGCUAUGCCCUCUGUUUUGGGAUGGGCGGGAUAAACCUCUUGAAUCAGCUGAUAGAGCGGCUUGGAAUGCCAAGCUAUAA